GCAUUGGAUCACUGUCUAGUUCAUGUCUAGUUUAUCAAGUUUAUGAAAUAUGUCUUAGAAUAGAAACAGUUGUUAGUUUUUCAUAAUCACCAUUGUUAUUAUUUUAUCGCAAAAGUGAUAAAAUAUAUACUUUCAUGUCAUUAUAAACAUUUAUUAGGCUAAGUAAGCUGUGAUCAUGUCUGAAAAAUACCCUAUUCCUGAUCGAUGGCUUAAUUGUCCACGAAAAUCAACGGACCUUAUUGCAAAUCAAUUCCUUGCAUUCAAAACGCCACUAAGCUCGAAAUACAACAGUCAAGUACCUGAAAUGAAUCGUUUUACGCCACAAAUGUUAUUCGACAGCCUAAGAAGCACAAAGAAAGAGCUUGGUUUGUGGAUCGAUCUGACUAACACAUCUCGGUUCUACGACAAAGAUGAAGUAGAAAGACGUGGCUGUAAAUACGUCAAAUUAAAGUGUCGUGGACAUAAGGAGACUCCUUCCGACGAUCAAAUAAACCAUUUCAUAACUGUUGUAAGAAUAUUCUUGGAAAAAAACCCUAAUGGCAUAAUUGGUGUGCAUUGUACUCAUGGCUUUAACAGAACAGGAUUUCUUAUAGUGGCAUACAUGGUAGAUGAACUUGGUUGUCAACUUAGGGCUGCUAUUAGGGAAUUUGCAAGUAAAAGACUUCCAGGUAUAUACAAGCAGGAUUAUAUAGAUGAAUUGUUCAGACGUUAUGAUGACAUUGAGGAUACACUACAAGCCCCUCCGAGACCCGAUUGGUGUAAUGAGGAAAUUGACCACGAGGACGAUGAUUAUGAUGAUGACGAGGACAAACCAUCAUUUUCACAAAGUGCGCCACCACAGAGUAGGAAGUCAAGAAGAAACAAAAAGAACUUUAAGAAUAAAGAAUUUAUCCCCGGCGUCCAAGGUGUCACACUUUUGACUGAUGAAAAAAGGUUACUUGAGGUACAAAAAAAAGCACAACACUUUUGCAAAUGGAAGCGUCUCGAAUUUCCUGGAUCUCAACCGGUUUCAAUGGAUAUACAAAAUUUACAACUACUUAAUCAAACACCUUAUAGGGUGUCUUGGAAGGCAGAUGGUGUUAGGUAUAUGAUGUUAAUCGACGGUGAAAACGAAGUUUACAUGUUGGACAGAGAUAACUGCGUGUUCAAAGUUCACAAUCUACAUUUUUUUCACAAUAAAACAAACAUGCCACUUAAAGACACAUUACUCGAUGGUGAAAUGGUUGUAGACAUAGUUCAAGGUAUAAAGAAGACUAGGUACCUUUGCUACGAUAUCAUUAGGUUUGAAAACAUGACUGUGGGCAAUGAGCAUUUCUACCCUGUCAGACUGAAAUGUAUAGAAGAUGAGAUUAUAAAACCGAGAGAUCGAGAAAUAGCAAGCGGACGGAUAAAGAAGGAUAUGGAACCUUUUCGUGUUGGUCUCAAACAGUUUUGGGACAUUAGUAUGACACGGCAAUUGUUAGAAGAAAAGUUUGCAAGGACUCUCACUCAUGAACCUGAUGGACUAAUAUUUCAACCUUCUUUAGAGCCAUAUAUCGCUGGUCCCUGCCCCAAAGUUCUGAAGUGGAAACCAAGUGAAAUGAACAGCAUAGACUUCAAGUUGGAAAUCGUCAAGGAAAACAGACUUGGAAUGAUACCGAAAAAAGUGGGCCAUCUUUAUGUCGGAAAGCUGGCUCGACCAUUUGGUGUAAUAAAAGUAAACUCCGCCAUAAAAAAUCUACACGGGAAGAUAAUAGAAUGCAAGUAUGAGAGAAAUCAGUGGGUUUUCAUGAGAGAACGUACUGAUAAAUCUUUUCCUAACAGCGUGGAUACUGCCAAUGCGGUAUUUGAAAGUAUACUAAGGCCAGUCACAAAGGAAAUUCUUUUUGACUUCAUUUAUCAUACCAGUUAUGCAAAGAAAGAAAAGAAGCAUACAUGAUACGAGAAAAGAUACCACGUCACUGGACUACACUGAAAGGAUAAUGGUCUAUUUUUCCUCCAAACAAAAAUGAAAAUAAAAAAAAUUAUUUAUUUCACGAAUGUGUGAUUUGAAGUGGUUCGAUUAUCAUUUCAUAAAUAAAUUUGAUGUCACACACACAUGGUUACUGAAUGGUUGUUUUUAGUGAUAGCCAUUAUUUUUAUUUGGAUUAUUGAUUUUAUAGGCCUUAUCUGGAAUAACUGCUGGUGAGUUUGAGACAAGAGAGAUAAUAAUCAAAGUUGCUUCAUGUUCAGCUGAAAUAACUGCCACGUGGCAGAAUUAAAACAUUGUUUUUAAUGUCAUAGUAUACAAAUAUAUCAAAA